GGUGAAGGACAAGGUCUGUCUAUUCCGCGACAGGAGGUACAGCUGAUAACAAGAAACAAAAGGCAAAACAAAAGAAGAAACAAGACAAGGAACAAGAGAAGGUGUUCGGCACAUUUCAAUUGCGGAUUUCCACUGGAUCAGUUUGCACCGGUAAAUGCAAUGUCGUUCUCUGAGUGAUCUUAAAUGCGUAACGUUAGCCUAAACGCUUCCUCUGGUAUCGCGCGCAGAAGUCAAGUGGCGCUUGGAAGUCUGUGAAAGUUUCUACGUUUUUUCUUCUGACCAAUAUUCUAUCGGAGUGAGAUUAUUUAUUAUUUAUGGACUUGUCGUUCUCCUGUGGAUUGUAGAAUCCAACGGUUUUUUGCGUGACAGAAUACAACAAAAUCCAAGACAUAGUGGAUUUUUCACCCAUCAAGAGUGAUUUCAAUCUUUUUCGCGUGAGGAUUCCUCACAGGUGCCACUAUCUGCACUGUGUGCGACAAGAAAUGGAUUUGGUGUUUCUAUAACGCACCUCAUCGAGAGAAAUAUAGAUCGUCACAUCCUUGUAUUUUUAAACAUUUUGUCUUUUCCUUUAUUUAUUUUUUUUUCUUCACUGAAUACUAAACGGUUUUUAACAAUACCGAUUUUAACAACCCACAACGCAACUGCCUGUUGGAAUUAUAAUCAUGAACUUUGUUACCAGUUCGGUACAAUUAUUUUUUGCGGCGCUUCUUCAUCUCUCCGCUUUAAAGGCUGCCCACAUACCCAAGGAAGGGGCAAAGGGCAAAAAUGAAGUGGUUUCAUUCAUGGAGGUUUAUAACAAAAGCUGGUGUCAGACACGGGAAAUGCUGGUGGACAUCAUCCAGGAGUACCCUGACGACAUCGAUCACACGUACAUCCCGUCGUGCGUGGUGCUCCGGCGCUGUGCGGGCUGCUGCAAUGACGAGGCCCUCGAGUGCGUCCCCACGGAAACACGCAACGUCACUAUGGAGGUAAUACGAACGAAACAGCGCGUAUCGCAGCAUAAUUACCAACUGAGUUUCACAGAGCACACAAAGUGUGAAUGCAAGCCAAAGCAAGAGGUGAAAGUAAAGAAAGAAAACCACUGUGAGCCUUGCUCAGAGAGAAGAAAGCGCUUGUAUGUUCAGGACCCUGACACCUGUAAAUGUUCCUGCAAAUUCACACAAUUACAUUGCAAGUCCAGACAACUUGAGUUAAACGAAAGAACUUGCAGAUGUGACAAACCUAGAAGAUGAUAAGAGGAGAAGUGGAAUGGACACUGAAUGAAGGAAAAUUUUCUAGGCACAGCACUUUUAACUCCCCGAGGAUGCAUUCCCUUGACAGACUGAAAAA